CCUAGAGCUCCCUUGGUGUCAGUAGGGUUAAUCAAUCAAUCCACAGAGGACCUGCAGGUCUGGGAGGAGAAACGGGAGGCUGGGCCGAGAAAGAGAAAGAAGAGAGGUGUGUGUCUUGAGAUUUGGGGAGGUUCGUGCUGCACCUUCCCCAGCUCCCCUUCCAAAACCAUCCCAAGCUCCUGCACAGUUUAGACAGGGCGGUUGCUCAGAAAGGUACACGAGAGGGAAAUAAGGAGAAGAUUCUUUUGUCCAAAGAGAGGGGGGUUUCGUUUCUUUCCCGCUCGCUUUCUUUCCCCGGACAAGCAUCAGAUGACAACUGUACACCGGGGAAGGGGGAAAGCAAGCUUCUUCGCCACCAGGCAGUAUCGUACCCGAAUCUGCAGAGCCGAGUGAAGCAGCUGCCUAGAAGGAUAAAUAAACACCCGCAAGCCCCAGCGGACCAAUUGCCAGAACAAGCGACAAGUUGGGCGCCCGAGCCUUGGAGGGGCAUCCGCGUGGCCGGCGGAGGGGGUGUGAGCGAGCCAUUCAGACAGCGCAGGGGCCAGGAAGCAGAGGCACCGACUGCGCCUCGGGAUCUCCGGCAGGGGAAGGGAAGGAGGCAUCCCCCGCAGGACAGGCGUCGCGAAAGAAGAGGGAGACAGAACCCCGGAGGAGUAGCUCCCGCAGCCCGAAGGAUGCUGCUGCUCCCGUUAUGGUUGCUGCUGCCGGAGGUGGUGCUCCUGGUGCCGGCUCAGAAGGUCUCCGCGCUCACGUUUUUAAGAGUCGAGCAAGACAAGGACCAAAAAUGCAGCCAGGAUUGCACAGGAUCACCCCAAAAGUCAUUGUGUGCUUCAGAUGGCAGGACUUUCUUGUCCAGGUGUGAAUAUCUACGAGCAAAAUGUAAAGAUUCUCAGCUACGAAUUGAGUACAAAGGCAACUGCAAAGAUAUUUCAAGAUGUGUAGCAGAGAGGAAGUACACUCAGGAACAAGCUCGCAAGGAAUUCCAGCAAGUAUUUAUACCAGAAUGCAAUGAUGAUGGCACUUACAGCCAGGCUCAGUGCCACGUUUAUACAGGAUAUUGUUGGUGUGUUACCCCAAAUGGUCGUCCGAUCAGUGGUACAGCUGUAGCACAUAAAACUCCACGUUGCCCAGGUUCUCUAAAUGAGAAGCUGCCACAGCGUGAAGGUACAGGAAAAGCAGAUGGUGCUUCAGCCCCUGCACUGGAGACGCAGCCACAAGGUGAUGAAGAAGAUAUAGCUUCUCGUUAUCCUACAUUGUGGACUGAGCAAGUAAAAAGCAGACAGAAUAAGACCAAUAAAAAUUAUGCAGCAGCAUCAUGUGACCAAGAACUUCAAUCAGCAUUAGAAGAAGCCAAGCAACCUCAAAAAGACAAUGUGUUCAUUCCAGAAUGUUCUAAUGGAGGCCUUUAUAAGCCAGUUCAGUGCCAUCCCUCCACAGGAUACUGCUGGUGUGUUCUUGUGGACACAGGACGCCCGAUCCCUGGCACAUCAACAAGAUAUGAACAACCCAAGUGUGAUAAUAGUGCCAGAGCUCAUCCAAGCAAAACAAAAGAUUUGUUCAAAGGGCGCCAGCUUCAAGGUUGUCCAGGAGCCAAGAAGAAUGAGUUCCUGACCAGUGUUCUGGAUGCCCUCUCCACAGACAUGGUGCAUGCAGUCUCUGACCCUGCUGCAUCUUCUAGCAGGCUUUCAGAACCCGACCCAAAUCACACUCUGGAGGAGAGAGUUGUCCACUGGUACUUUAAGCAACUGGAUAAAAAUAGUAGUGGUGACAUUGGCAAAAAAGAAAUCAAGCCAUUUAAAAGGUUUCUGAGGAAGAAGUCCAAACCCAAGAAAUGCGUGAAAAAGUUUGUGGAAUACUGUGAUGUGAAUAAUGAUAAGUCUUUAACAGUCGCAGAAUUAAUGGGUUGCCUGGGUGUAACAAAAGAAGACCAUAAAGCAGACGCAAAGAAACGCCAUACUCCCAAAAAUAAUGCUGAAAGUACUCCUUCCAGUAGACAGCAAACCUCAAAGAAGCAAGGAUAAACAAUAGACAAGCCAAAUCUCUCAAAUCUGUGGGUGACACCCUCAGCAAAAGGCAAUAAGAUCAACUGUAGUAUUUGCACUUUGUACUUUACAUGUAAAUUCACUUUGUAGAAAUGAGAUAUUUAAACAGACAUUUUUUUAAAAAAAUCUGUGAAAACGUAGUAACAGCUUGUUUUAAACAAUUAUCACAUACAAUGUAUGUGCCUUUUUUGUUGUCCAAAAUCUGUUUGUGUUGGAGGUGUAAAAGUUUCCAUUUUUAAAAGUUUGCAUUUAAUCUUGUGAAUUAACAACGUUCUGUCAGAUGUUAAAAACUAGCCUGGUAAUAUUUUCUUUUCAAUAGUUUGGCUUGUUUUUCUGCAUAACAUAUAGUAAUUUUGAUGAAGCUAAGCUUAAUACUUGCUUGAUUUGAAGUCUACUGUAAUUAACAAUGUUAUUUAGUUUUUGAGUCUGCAUGUUCCUGAGUCCAAACAGAAGGUUGUACAUUGAUGUUGACUUCCGGUGCACUUUUUAUAAGCACACGGUCUUUCUCUGCUGGUGAUUGGGGAGUUUUAAAAAACAUUGUGCUUACUUUCUGAAGAUCACAAUCAUACAUCAAGAUUGCCACCACUAAUAAAUAAAAUAAUGCUUCUAUCUUUCUGUAAUUAAGUUCCUAUAUAUAUUUUUCUGCCCAUUUUAAAGGGCCUUCAAGUAUAAUACAUGUUUAAUUAUUUUAUUUCUAUCAUUAUUUUUGCCUUUUGAUUGGUUCAGUUAGCUAACAGACCAACAGGAAAGCUUAUAGGUGGCUCAUUGUCUCUCUCAAAAUUAUUUUGCCAAUACUGAGAAUCGACACAAUAAAGAAAUAAAAAAGAAUAAUAGUUCAAUAUUGUAAAUCUAAUUAUGAAGAGGCAAAAGUGGGUAAAUCAAGGUUGUCGUCCUUUCUUCCACUUGGCUGGACUGUGUUAUACAACUGAUAGUGCCCCAGAAUCUACAAAAAGGUGAAACUAUCACCUGAACAAAUUAUGAACAGUUAUGGUAAGGAGGCACAAUCAACCUAAGCUCUCCCUUUAAGGCAUCCUUUUUGCCAUCUGGGAGAUGUUCUUACAAGUUUUCAUACCUUUCCUGUCAUUCAGUGGUAGGUUUUUCCCCCACCCCUUUCCUGGAGUGCCUUAGGGAACAAGAGCUUGCAGCAAGAACAAAACACAGUCAACAGCUCAAGCUUCAGACCUAGGACAUCUAUAAAUUAUAAGGACCCAACACUAUCAAUUCAGAGGAUAGGUGGACUGCUGGCCUCAGAAAAAUGUGAACUGGACAGUUGGGAUUUACCCAUGAGCAGUGAUCUCUUCAGCUAAUUGAAAUGCGUUGUAUAGAACAAUGAAUAGCAUAACUGGUGAUAAUGAUGUUCUGAUUAUUUGAAAGUUCUUAAUUGCAAAAAGAAAUGUUGCAUUUUUUAUAAUUUCUUCUCUAUAUUGCUUCAUAAUGAAAUAAUGCUGGGGAGACUUUGUACAAAUUGAAUCAGAAUUUCAUAAUAUAGAUUUGAAAAGUAAGGGCAAGGGAAACAAAAUGCAAAUAUAUUUUAUCUUUGUAAAAACACAUCUUUUUUACACAAAAUGUAUGUGAUAUCUUUUUAUGAUACUAAACUUUGACUUUAGUUCUAGAUUAAAAUGUAGUGUGCUAUGAAAUGUA